CCGCACAUUUCCUCAAAAUCUCCCAACGAACCACGUUCAAAAUGAAGCUCCUCGCACUUACAUUGGUCGUCGUCGUGGCCACUUGCCUGUACUCCGUUGAUGGCGCCACUUCCGGUUCAGCAUCAGGAUCAGCUGCUUCUAGUGGAUCUGGUUCCAGUGCAAGUGGAUCCGCAUCGGGAUCAGGAACAGGAACAGGAACUGGAACGACUACAACCACCACGACUACGUUGGCUCCCACGACCACCACUACCACAACCGAUGCUCCAGCGACCCACAAGAAAGUCCAUCGCAGAAGGCGCCUCAUCAUCCGGAGAAUCAUUCACAGACGCGCAGCCGAGAGGAGGCGUGGCUAGAAAAUCCCCGCAGAAUCGCUUUGUUCAAUAAUUCUAAGGACACCAGUGGGACUCGAACACGGUCCUUGGUUACCACCCGACAAAUUUCAAGAUAAUAAAAAAUAUAUGCCUUGUUUUAUGUGCUCCCUGUAA